AUGGAGGUGCUUCCUCAAAGGUUAAGAGAUUUGUGGAAUAAAUGGGAGCUCAGGGCAUUGGUUUUCCUUAGCCUUAUCUCACAAAUUGUUCUCAUCAUUCUGGGCAAUCGCAGGAAGUAUAGUUCCGGUGUAUUGAUUAGAUUUAUAGUCUGGUGUGUCUAUUUGCUGGCAGAUUCUGUAGCAACCAUGGGCCUUGGCGUACUCUUAAAUAAUCUAGGAGAAAUAUAUGAGAAUGGUGCUUCUAAAAAUCUUGACCACAACGACGAGCUUACCACAUUUUGGGCACCAUUUUUCCUGUUGCACUUGGGUGGUCCUGAUACUAUUACAGCCUAUUCUUUAGAGGAUAAUGAAUUGUAUUUAAGGCACCUAUUUGGACUACUUGUCCAGACAGUAUCAGCAAUAUACAUCUUUCUCUUGGCAUGGAGUGGCGCUCAUCUUUCAUUUCUAGCAAUACUCAUGAUUUUGGUUGGGUGCGUUAAGUAUGGAGAGAGGACAUGCACACUUUGGUUGGCUAGCAGUGGUCAACUUAGAGACUCUAUGCUCACUGACCCUGAUCCUGGUCCCAACUAUCCCAAAUUCAUGGAAGAGUUUAGUUUGAAACGUGAAGAGGGGUUCUCUGUGGAGGCAGAAGAAGUGAAAGAUGCUCAGGUUGAAAUAGAUGUAUCUGCAGCUAGAUCAGAGUCCUCAGCUGAUGACAACAACAUACUUAGAGCCCAUGCCUUUUUUCAGACAUUCAAGUGUCUAUUUGCGGAUCUCAUCCUCAGCUUCCAGGAUCGCGACAACAGUCAGUCUUUUUUCCAGAAAUUGUCUCAUGAAGAUGCGUUCAAUGUGAUUGCUAUCGAAUUAGGUUUCAUGUAUGAUUUACUGUACACCAAAGCAACUGUAAUUCACAGUCGUCGGGGUUUUGGUCUCCGCAUAAUCACAUUCAGUCUCACCUGCAUGGCGUUUCUGAUUUUCUUUUUUGCUGACAAGAACAAUUAUGUCAAGGUAGACCUUUUAAUAACCUUCUCCUUGCUGAUUGGCGCAAUACUUUUAGAAAUAUAUGCAGCCUUUUCUCUAUUUCUCUCAGACCAUGCCAGUCUAUGGUUCAGUAAGCAUAAGAAAAUUUCAAACUUAAAACUCAUAAUUACCUUUCUGGAACCAGUAGUUAAACUACCAAGGUGGUCUAAUUCCAUGGGGCAAUAUAGUCUUACAUGCCUUUGUCUCAUAGAGAAAUCUGGGCCUAACAAAAUCCUGAAGCGCUUGCACAUGGAUCAACUCUGGGAAAAGUACCGCUAUAAAACUUGUAAAGAAGUGCCUGAAAAUCUGAGAAAGAUGAUCUUCAAACAUGCCCUGAAGAAAUGUGAUAAGUUUAAGGAGACAAAUAGCAGAGACAUAUACACGAAUAGGGGAAUCCGCUCGCUUCAGAAGUACUAUGGCGAGACUAAUCCUAGUCCUUUUGAUUGGAGCAUUACGGAGGUUGAGUUUGAUCAGAGCAUCCUUAUCUGGCACAUUGCAACUGAACUUUGCUAUUACUCGGGCACUCAGGGCAAAGUUUCAGAUAUUUCAGAUUACACCAAUCGAAAACUGAGCAAGCUUCUGUCACGAUAUAUGUUGUUUCUCCUUAUCAUGUAUCCAUCCUUGUUGCCAGUUGGGAUUGGCCUUUUCAGGUUUCGAGACACUCACUCUGAAGCCAGGAAUUUUUUAGAAGAACGAAAGUCCAAUUUUUCUAAUACCCAAAUUCACGUCAUUGAUCAGAGAAAGAGAAAAAGAAUUGAAGCUUGCAGGAUGUUACUGAAAGUGAAAACUUAUGUCCCGCCCAACAAAGUGAAAGGAGACAGAAGCAAAUCAGUGUUAUUUGAUGCAUGCAGGGUAGCAUCAGCACUGAAUGAAGAAAUUUCAGACACAAAGAAGAGAUGGAAAUUGAUCAGAGAUGUUUGGUUGGAGAUGUUAACUUUCGCUGCAAGUCAGGGUCGAGGAAGUCAGCAUGCUAGCCAGCUGAGACGUGGAGGAGAGCUUCUCACUCAUGUAUGGCUUCUUAUGGCACAUUUUGGUAUGACCGAUCAGUUCCAAAUAGCUCAAGGCCAUGCCANAAUGUUACUGAAAGUGAAAACUUAUGUCCCGCCCAACAAAGUGAAAGGAGACAGAAGCAAAUCAGUGUUAUUUGAUGCAUGCAGGGUAGCAUCAGCACUGAAUGAAGAAAUUUCAGACACAAAGAAGAGAUGGAAAUUGAUUAGAGAUGUUUGGUUGGAGAUGUUAACUUUUGCUGCAAGUCAGGGUAGAGGAAGUCAGCAUGCUAGCCAGCUGAGACGUGGAGGAGAGCUUCUCACUCAUGUAUGGCUUCUUAUGGCACAUUUUGGUAUGACCGAUCAGUUCCAAAUAGCUCAAGGCCAUGCCAGGGCUAAACUUAAUGUGAAAUAGUUGCAGGGUUUACCAUAUUAGUGAUCUGGAUUCAAGAUUAUGUGUAAUCAAAAUUGUAUGCUGGUGAAGCAUAUUUUCAUAAUUCUCUUAAAUUAAUUUUUAGGAAGACCAAUUUUUAUUUUAAAUUUGUCUUCAAACUUGA